AUGGGAGACAAUAAGCCUGGAGGAAUAGUAGCAGCUGCAAAGAACCGUCUGCAGGUGGUGAAGGGAUUGGACGACGCAGAGGUCUCAGAGUGUGAGAGCUGCUCCUUUGAGGUUACUCUUAACCUAGCCUACAUAGAGGGCGUGUGGAUGAGGGAUGGGACGCAGCUCAAAUCUAAACCCAACUGUCGCAUCAGCACACACGGGAAGAAACACUCCCUCUUACUGAACAGGGUGGCUUUGGGAGAUGCCGGUUUGUUCUCCUUUCAGGCUAAUGGCAUUCAGACCUCAGGCCGACUCACUGUCAGAGCUAGGGACAUUCACAUCGUGAAGGAGCUGGAAGAUGUCGACACAGUCGAGCGUCAACCUGUAACCUUCGUGUGCGAGGUCAGCCAGAUGGAUGUGGAUGGUCGGUGGUACAGAGAUGACUGCCGGAUCCGUCCUGGGGACAGCAUCAAGAUCAGACACCAAGGUAAAACACAUUCUCUGUCCUUCAAGUCAGUCAGACCAGAACAUGCAGGAGAGAUCAGGUUCACGGCAGAGCGGGUCUCAUCCUGUGCAACUCUCACGGUACAAGAGCUUCCGGUCCAAAUAGUGCGUCCUCUGAGAGUAAAAAUCGCCAUGUAUCGCCACCGAGGUCUGCUAGAGUGCCAGGUGUCACGGCCUAAUGCUGAGGUCAGGUGGUACAAGAACAGGAAGGAGCUACUUCCCAGCAAGAAGUAUCAGCUAAUCAGCCAAGAUAUCUACAGGCAGCUUGCUAUCAAUGAUGUCUGCUCGUCAGAUGAAGACACGUAUACAUGUGAUGCACAGGAUGAUAAAACCUCCUGCCAGCUUCUGGUAGAGGAGCAGGCUAUCACCAUAGUGCGGGGGAUGAAAUCGGUGGAGGUGAUGGAGCCAGAGCCUGCACGAUUCCAGGUAGAGACCAACUUAAAAUCAGGGAGGCCACCAAAGUGGACACUGAACGGUGAGGUCAUGGAGCCAUGCGCGGCAGUGACCAUUGACAGGGAGGCCACCCUCCACAGCCUGUGCUUCACCUCCACAGAAAGCUCCAUGUCAGGCCCGGUGGUCUUUGUAGCUGGCAAGAGUCGUUCCACCGCUCAGCUUACGGUUAAAGAGCGGCCUCUGCAGGUGGUCCACCACUUGGAUGACGUGGAGGCAAAAGAGAGCAGCUCUGUGACUCUGAGCUGUGAGUUUGCCCCGUCUCCCAGGGUGGUGCGCUGGUUUAAGGGCCGCACAGCUCUGAAAUCCUCUAACAAGUACAGCAUGAAGAGGGAGGGGAAACAAGCAGAGCUGACCAUCCACGGCCUGACGGGGAUGGAUGCGGGACAGUACCGCUGUCUGGCUGGAGGCUCACAGAGCUCGGCACAUGUUAAAGUAGAAGUGCGGACACUGAAGUUGGUCAAACACCUUGAACCGGUGGAAAUUGAGGAGAAUGGCGUCGCCACUUUCUCAUGUGAACUCAACUACGUGGUGGCCAAUGUGGAAUGGCUCCUCAACAAUGUCCGGCUCUAUUCCAACGCCAUCAACAAGAUCCACCACAUGGGCACCAUGCACAGCCUCACAAUCAAAAAGCUUCGGCCACAGGAGAGCAGGGUUACCUUCAAAGCGGGCCUUCUCACUGAGACAACCACCUUAAAGGUCAAAGAAUGCACAGCAGUGUUCCUGAGGCCUCUGGAGGAUGCAGUUGGAGAGGAGCAAGGGGAGCUUUGUCUUCAGUGUGAAAUUUCCAAAGAGACGGCGAGGCCUGCUUGGAAGAAGGACGGUGUAGUUUUGACAGCUGAUGACAAACACGAGCUGCUCCAGUUUGGGAAGUCCAUGGCUUUGAUCAUCCAUUCACUGAGCAAGGAUGAUGCAGGACAGUACACGUGUGAUCUCGGCACAAGUCAGACCAAAGCUAAAGUCACAGUACAUGACUUACACAUUACAAUUGUCCAGCGUUUGAAGACGACGGCUGUCCUCGAGGGAGACACCUGCACUUUUGAGUGUCUUCUCUCCCAUGAUCUUGACGAUAAACCUUCCUGGACAAUUAACGGCCAGCUCGUGGUUACCAACAGCCGUAUUCAGCUCACCAACAGCGGCCGCAUGUAUACGAUGACAGUUAGAGAUGCGUUACUUACUGACGCUGGAGAUGUGGUCUUCACAAUUAAAGAUCUAACCUGUAGGACCAUGCUUUUUGUUCAAGAGAAGCCAGUGCACAUCUUCAGGGACUUGUUGAACGUCAAGGCCGUGCCUGGUGAGGAUGCAGAGCUGACCUGUGAAAUCACCAAACCAGAAGUCACCAUCCGCUGGCUGAAAAAUGGGCGUCUGAUCAAGGAGAGCCCCAAGUAUGAGAUGAGCGUGGAGAAACAUCUGGCACGAUUGGUGAUCAAAAGCACCGCUAUCCGAGAUUCUGGAGAGUACUGCUGUGAGGCCGAAGGCGUGGCCUCCCGUGCCAAGCUUGAGAUCAGAGAGUUACAGCACACAUUUGCCAGGGAGCUGAAAGACACUCGAGCAGAAGAAAAAGGAAAGGUGACACUCGAGUGCGAGACGAGGCAGCCAGCCAAGCGUGUGACCUGGCUGAAGGGCUUGAUUGAGCUGCGGCCUGGAAGGAAGUAUGUCAUCAGGCAGAAGGGCGUGGUGCUGUCCCUCACCGUCACCUCACUGGAGAAAUCGGACACAGAUAUUUAUAUAUGUGACGUUGGCACCAUGCAAAGCCGGGCACAGCUGACUGUGCAAGGUCAGAAGGUGGUGAUUCUGGAUGAACUGGAAGAUGUAGAGUGUCUGGAGGGGGACACGGUCACAUUCAGGUGUCGUAUCUCUCCCAGUGACUACGCUGGGGCCAAGUGGUAUUUGGAUGAAACUUUGCUUUAUACCAACGAGCUCAAUGAGAUCCAGGUGCUUUCAGGAGGCUUCCACACCCUUACGUUUAAACAGCUGGCCCGUAAAGACACUGGCACUAUUUCCUUUGCAGCAGGGGACAAAAGAUCCUACGCCUCGCUGUUGGUUCGAGAAAGGCGUCCCACCAUUUGUAAGUCACUUGAGGACUGUGAGGCCAUCGAAGGAGGUGGUUUGAUUUUGUCCUGUGUGACCUCCAAGCCGUGUCACAUCCUGUGGUACAAAGAUGGCUGUCUCAUGUGGAACUCCUCAAGAUACUUUACCAGUCGUUUGGGGUGCGAAGCUCGGCUGACCAUUCGAGAAGUUUGCAAAACAGAUGCAGGAGUGUACGAGUGCAGUGCUGGCUCUGUUACAACUAGGGCCGCGGUCACUGUCAAAGCCAUCCCAGCAGAGUUCAUCCACCAUUUGAAGCAUGUGGAGGCCAAAGAAGGAGAAGCUGUCACCCUGACCUGUGAGUACUCUCUGCCUGGGGUCCAGGUCCACUGGAAGAAAGGUUUUGAGAGCAUCAGACCAGGAGACAAGUACGUGAUGAAACAGAGGAAAACGAUCAACUCUCUGAUCAUCAAAGCCCUGAAACCCGAGGACGCUGGACAGUACACAUGCCAGUGCAGAGACCACCACACUACAGCAAGUCUCAAAGUACACGCUGUUCCUAUCACAUUCAUACAACAACUCAAGAAUAUGCAAGCAGAAGAGGGCAGCAGUGUCAUACUGCGCUGUGAAAUCUCCAAACCUGGAAUACCGGUAGAAUGGAGGAAAGAGGACGAGGUGCUGAAGAAUAGUGUGAAGUACCAGAUAAGGAAACGGGAGACCACACUGGAGCUCCUCAUAUGGAAACCUGUGCCCGAGGACGGUGGGGUCUACAGCUGUGUGUGUGCUGAUCAGAUGACAUCUGCCACUGUCAAGAUUACUGCUCUCCCAGUCACCUUCAAGCAGAAGCUGAGGAACGUGUUGAUAGAGGAGGGCAACACUGCCACGUUACGCUGUGAGCUCUCCAAACCUGGUCACACGGUGGAGUGGAGGAAAGGCGGGGAUGAACUGAUUAGAAAUGGAGAGAAAUAUCACAUACGACAGAGAGACAUGCUCAUUGAACUGAGGAUCUUUGAUGUGACCCCCGAGGACAGCAGCAUCUACACAUGCAUCUGUGGAAACGUGGAGACCACCGCUACUCUGACUGUUAAUGCUCUUCCCAUCGUCUUCAAACAAAAGCUAAAAAAUGUACAAGUCGAGGAAGGACACAACAUCACGCUGUGUUGUGAGAUCUCUAAACCUGGUGUCCCAGUGGAAUGGAGGCUUGGAGGAGAUCUGCUUGAGCAUGGAGACAAGUACCAGAUAAAACAGAGGGACUCGGUCCUGGAGCUGACCAUCAGAGAUGCCAUACCAGAGGACAGCGGUGUCUACACAUGUGUGUGCAGAGAGCAGAGGACAAAGUCUACUGUUAAAGUUAUUGCGAUCCCUGCGACAUUUAAGGUGAGCCUGAAGAGUCAGGUGGCUGAAGAAGGGAACAGCGUGACGUUACAGUGUGAGCUGUCGAAGAAGGGAGUCCCGAUUCAGUGGCAGAAGCAGGGUCAGCUGCUCUCUGAGGAGGGAUCUCAGGGAAAGUACCGGAUAGAGCUCGAAGGAAAGACGGCUAAACUGACCGUUUUAAACAUCCAACCAGAAGACGCAGGAAAAUACAGCUGCAUCACAGGAGAUGAGAAAACCACUGCUGAAGUCAAAGUGAAACCACUUCCUGUAACAUUUAAACGGGAGAUCCGGAACCUGGUGGUAAAGGAAGGGGACAGCGGCGUUUUCUGCUGUGAGCUAUCCAAGCCUGGAGCUGCAGUCAGCUGGAGGAAAGGCAGAGUCAUUCUGAAACCUGGAGAGAAAUACGAGAUGAAACAGGACGGACGCGUCACUAAACUGGUCAUCAACAACGUGGAGGAGAGCGAUGCCGGCAAAUACACCUGCAAGACUAAAGACAGCCAAUCCACUGCUGAGCUCACAGUCGUAGAGUCACCCAAGCGCAGACGUCAAAGAGAGUUACCGCCUAGUUUCAAGAUACUGCUAGCCAAUCAGGAGGUGACGGAGGGCAGCCGUGUGGUUCUGCGCUGUGAGCUCACCAAACCUGCGUCCGCGGUGGAGUGGAGGAGAGGAGGAGAGCUGCUGAAGACUGGAGACAAGUACCAGAUGAGGAAAAAGGACCUGCAGGUGGAGAUGAAGAUCGCAGACCUCUGCGUGGAGGACAGUGGAGAUUAUACUUGUAUAUGUGGAGAACAGAGGACAACAGCUGAGAUCAGAGUGAAUGAGCGGCCCAUCAAAUUUCUUCAAGACUUGAAGAAUAUUCAGGUGCAGGAGGGCGGUGUUGUUACACUGUGCUGUGAGCUGUCCCAGCCUGGGGUCCCCGUGCAGUGGACAAAGGGAGACACUGUCCUUUCCAACGGAGACAAAUACCAGAUCAAGCAGAGCGGCUGCAUCCACGAGCUCCACAUCAGGAAAAGCCUCCCCGAGGACAGCGGCACCUACAGCUGCAUUUGUGAUGAGAUAAAAUCCACGGCAACAACAAUCGUUACUGCAAUACCAGUGACCUUUAAGCAGAAACUGAAGAACCAGGAAGCUGUGGAGGAGGGCUGCGUGACCUUACGCUGUGAGCUUUCAAAAGCCGGAGUCCCCGUGGAGUGGAGGAAAGACGCUCAACUGGUGAAAGAGGGAGAAAAAAUACAAAUAAAGCAAGAAGGCCGAGUGGCGGAGAUGUUAAUCAGAAAUGUAACUCUGGCAGACUCUGGCGAGUACAGCUGUUCUGUUGGGACUGUUGUGACAUCAGCUGACAUCAAAGUAAGAGCACUUCCUGUUACAUUUACAAAGGAGGUUGAGAAUUUGGAGGCGAGGGAGGGGGACGGUGGAGUUUUCUGCUGUGAGCUCUCCAAACCCGGAGCUCCGGUGGACUGGAGGAAAGGCAGAGUGAUCCUGAAGCCUGGAUACAAAUACGAGAUGAAACAGGAGGGACGCAUCACCAAGCUGAUCAUCAACAACAUGGAGGAGAGUGAUGCUGGCAAAUACACCUGCAAGACUAAAGACAGCCAAUCCACUGCUGAGCUCACAGUCGUAGCGCCGCCGGUCACAUUCAAGACUAAGCUAAGGAACCAGCAGGUGGAGGAGGAGAACAGCGUGACCCUGAGCUGCGAGCUGUCCAAGCCUGGCCUUGCUGUGGAGUGGCGGAAAGGAGAAGAGCUGCUGAGGAAUAAUUUCAAGUACCAGAUUAAAAAUCGAAACAGCGUCAUGGAGCUGACGAUCAAAAACGCACAACUGGAGGACAGCGGCCUCUACAGCUGUUUCUAUGGAGAUGUCAAGACUACAGCCAAUGUCACAAUCACACCUAUACCGCUCACGUUCAAAAUGGGUCUGAAGAACCAGGAGGCCCCUGAAGGAGGCAAUGUGUCCCUGCGCUGUGAACUAUCCAGGGCCGGGGUGCCCGUACAGUGGUGGAAGGGGGAGGACCAGCUUUAUCACGGAGGAAGAUAUCAGAUGACGCUGAAGGGGAGGAUAGCUGAGAUGACCAUCAGAAACAUCCAGCCAGAGGAUGUUGGCGAGUACAGCUGCGCCUUCGGGGAGCAGAAGACGGCAGCUGAAGUCAACGUGAGAGCGGCAGCAUCGGUGUUCUUUGAAAAGGAACUUGAGAGCCAAACUGUGAUGGAGGGGAAGUCUGUGCUGUUCUCCUGUGAAGUCUCCAGUCCUAAUGUGCCCGUAACGUGGAAGAAGGGCAACACUGUGGUGGAAGAAGGAGGACGCUAUAUCGUAACAAAGAAAGGCCCCAGUCACACUCUGGAGAUCAAGAAAUUGCAUCUGGAGGAUGCUGGGGAGUUCAGCUGUAUCACCAGGGGCAAAAAGACCACUGCCAAGUUGAUUGUCAGGGAGCGCGUUCGGAUCGUUACAGAGCUUCAAGACAAAACGGUGACAGCGGGAGAGGACGCGGUGUUUGUGUGCGAACUGAGCCACGCAGACGUGAGCGAGGGCGUCUGGUGGCUUGGGAACAGCCCUCUGCAGAAGAACGAGAUGAAUCAGAUGACGUGUCGCGGCCGCCAGCACCGACUGGUCCUCACCAUGACAACGCCUGAGGAGACGGGCACGGUUGCUUUUGUGGUCGGGGAGGAGAGGACCUCUGCACGCCUGCUGGUUGUUCCUAAGCCUAAAGUUUUAUUGGAGGAGAAGCCCAAAGACACAGUGGUCAUGGAGGGCGAGACGGCUACUUUGAGUUGCACCACCUCUGACCUCACCACCUUGGUUACCUGGAAACGCAACCACAUUCCUCUUCGAAAUGGUGAUAAAUACGAGAUGCGCAAGGAGGGAAAAGUCAACCUGCUGCUCAUCCGUGAUGUCGACCCCCUGGAUACUGGUGUAUACUCUUGUGAUACAGGAGAUAUGCAGAGCACUGCCAAACUUGCCGUCACUGAGCUUCCUCCGUUCUUCCAGGAGGAGCUUCAGAGUGUGGAAGCUGAAGAAGGAGCUUCAGCCACCCUGUACUGCGAGCUGUCCAAACUUGGAGUACCAGUUCAGUGGAAGAAAAACAGCUUGCCCCUAAGAGCGAGCAGGAAGUAUGAGAUGCGACAGGACGGUUGCUUCCUCCAGCUUCACAUCAAGGAGCUCAAACUUGAAGACAGCGGCAGCUACUCAUGCCAAGCAGGGGGUGCAGAGACCAGUGCAACUGUGUCUGUGAAAGAACUUCCUCCAUUCUUCAAGAAAGAAUUAAGAAGUGUGGAGGCUGACGAGGGAGGUACAGCCUCCUUGUACUGCGAGUUGUCCAGACCUGGAGUGUCAGUGCUGUGGAAGAAGAACAGACUACCUCUGAGAGCCAGUAGAAAGUAUGAGAUCAGGCAAGAGGGCUGCAGCUUACAGCUUCACAUCAAAGAGCUCAAGCCUGAAGACAGUGGCAGCUACAUAUGCCAAGCAGGAAGUGCAGAAACCAGCGCAAAUGUGUCAGUGGAAGAGCUUGCACCAUUUUUCCAAAAAGAGCUGCAGAAUAUGAAGGCAGAGGAGGGAAGUACAGCAUCACUGUCCUGUGAGCUGUCCAAGCCUGGGAUAUCAGUGCAGUGGAGGAAGAACAAGCUGCCUCUGAGAGCCAGCAGGAAGUAUGAGAUGAAGCAGGACGGCUGCCUCCUCCAGCUUCAUAUCAAAGAGCUCAAACCCGAGGACAGCGGCAGCUACACGUGUCAAGCAGGAAGUGCAGAGACCACUGCAGCUGUAACAGUGAGAGAGCUUCAACCUUUUUUCAGAAAAGAAUUACAAAACAUAGAUGCAGAGGAAGGAGGUACAGCCUUAUUGUCCUGUGAGCUGUCCAAGCCUGGGAUAUCAGUGCAGUGGAGGAAGAACAAGCUGCCUCUGAGAGCCAGCAGGAAGUAUGAGAUGAAGCAGGACGGCUGCCUCCUCCAGCUUCAUGUAAAAGAGCUCAAACCCGAGGACAGCGGCAGCUACAUGUGUCAAGCCGGAAACGCAGAAACUGGUGCAAAUCUGUCAGUAAAAGAGCUUGCACCAUUUUUCCAAAAAGAGCUGCAGAAUAUGAAGGCAGAGGAGGGAAGUACAGCAUCACUGUGCUGUGAGCUGUCCAAGCCUGGGAUAUCAGUGCAGUGGAAGAAGAACAAGCUGCCUCUGAGAGCCAGCAGGAAGUAUGAGAUGAAGCAGGACGGCUGCCUCCUCCAGCUUCAUGUAAAAGAGCUCAAACCUGAGGACAGCGGCAGCUACUCGUGUCGAGCAGGGACGGCUGAAACUACUGCAAAAGUGUCCGUGACAGAGCGCCCACCUGUUUUCAAACAAGAUUUGAAAGAUGUGGCUGCCGAGGAAGGAGGCACCGCCUUCCUGCACUGUGAAGUGUCUAAACCUGGAUUAUCGGUGCAGUGGCAGAAGAACAAGCUGCCACUGAGAGCAGACAGGAAGUAUGAGAUGAAGCAGGACGGCUGCCUCCUCCAGCUUCACAUCAAAGAGCUCAAACCCGAGGACAGCGGCAGCUACUCGUGUCGAGCAGGAGCUGCAGAGACAGCUGCAACUCUGACAGUGAAAGAGCUGCCUCCUUUCUUCAAGAGAGAAUUACAAAAUCUAGAAGCCGAGGAGGAAAGCACAGCAGCCCUGCACUGUGAAGUGUCUAAACCUGGGGUGUCAGUGCAGUGGAAGAAAAACAACACACCAUUAAGAGCCAACAGGAAGUAUGAGAUGAAGCAGGACGGCUGCCUGCUCCAGCUCCACAUCAAAGAUCUGAAACCUGAGGACAGUGGCAGCUACACCUGUGAAGCUGGAGGUGCAGAAACCAGUGGGACUGUGACAGUAAAGGAGCUCCCUCCAUUCUUCAAGCGAGGUUUACAUAGCAUGGAAGUUGAAGAAGGAUGCAUGGCUUCCCUUUCCUGUGAACUGUCUAAACCUGGAGUUAUGGUGCAGUGGAAGAAGAACGGGCUACUGGUGAGACCGAAUGCAAAGUAUGAAAUGAAGCAGGAGGGCUGCUUCAUCCAGCUGCUGAUUAAGGAACUCAAAGUGGAAGACAGCGGCAGCUACACGUGCCAAGCAGGCAAAGCAGAGACCAGCGCAACUGUAACAGUGAAAGAGCUCACCCUAUUCUUCAACAAAGAAUUGGAAAGUAUAGAGGCUGAAGCAGGAGGUACAGCUUCCCUGUAUUGUGAGCUGUCUAAGCCCAGCAUAUCAAUACAGUGGAAAAAGAACAAGCUCCCACUGAGGGCCAGCAGGAAGUAUGAGAUGAAGCAAGAUGGCUGCUUCCUGCAGCUGAUCAUCAAUGAGCUCAAACCUGAAGACAGUGGUAACUACUCCUGUCAGGCAGGAAGCAUAGAGACCACUGCAAUGGUGCAAGUAAAAGGACAACAACCGACUCCAGCAGAGGCAGAACCAACAACAAUCAUGCCACAGGUAAAAGAAACCGUCUCCAAAACAACUCCUACUCAGGAGACGCAGAGACCAGUAAUCCCAGAGGGUAAACCAGCUCCUCCUGAGCCUAAAAAGAGGGCAAGAAAAGCAUCAACUGCAAAUUCAGAAAAAGACACAGAGCUUGUUUUUGACCUCAGGCCGUCUGCGCUGAAGGAUGAUGAUAAAGUCCAAAAGGACAUUCAGUCUGCAAGAGCUGUAGAAAAAGGCACUGAUGGUGCACAGAACGCAGCACGUGAACAGAUUAAUAAAGUGAAGGACCGGGAGGUGAACAAGAAAGCUGAUAAACCUGUGAGACUACUGGAGACUAUAGACUAUAGGGUUGACGGGAAGGUCGAGGAGCCAGCUAGGCGUUUGGAAAAAGAAACUGAUGCUUUCCCGGAGAUGCAACAAACAAGAAGACAUACUGAAGAAUUAGGUAAAGCUGACCACGAAGAAACUCAAUCAGACAGGGCUUUGGAUAAAACAUGUUUUGAACAAAGGAAACAAAAAGAAAAGAAACGUGGAACUGAAAACAGCUCAGAACAACUAGAAAUACCUUUGGCAAAAACAAGUGGAGUUGAGGAGAAGCAGAAACAUCCAGCUGCAGAAGCAGGAAUGAUAAGCCAGGAUGAAAAGUCUCCUGUGAAACCACUAGAAGGGUUGAUUAGCAAAGAAUCGAUGAAAGAUCAAAAUAUGAAAUCUUUAGAAAAUGAAGGUGAACUAGACAAGACAGAAGGAGAGCCUUUGAAACCACCAACAAGAUCUAAAGGAAAACUGACAGAUGGAAAGCCACCAAUCAAGUAUUUACUGAAGGAUAGUGAGGAGAUCCUUCCUACAACGUUAAAGACUACACAGAUCGAUUCUGAAGAAGACAGCAAACAGAGAGAUCGUCUGAAUAAACCAGUGUCCAAAGAGUCAGAGAGAGGAACAAAGCCAGGAAAAGUGUUUGACAAAGAGCCAACUGAACAACCAGAACGGCCGGUAGAAAGCGAAGCCCCGUUUACUCAUCCAAAGCCUCCUGUGAGGACAAAAAGCAAAGUAAAAGGUGUAGAAAAACAAGUAUCACGGGACACUGAGACGGAUCGAGAGGAACAAGAGCCAACAACAGGAGUGGUAAAAGUUCAAGACCAACCUAUAAAACAGCUUCUAAAGCCAUUAAUAAAACAGGCCGAAGAGAAACCAGCAUUGGAGAGGAACCAGUCAGUUACAGCAACUGAGAAAACAGACCAGCCUGCCAACCCUCCAUUAAAACAGCCAGUUAAACCCAUGAGAAAAGAACCGGAAAUGGACCAGGACGUGAGACUGGCAGUGAAGCCAACGAGGAGGGAGGAAGAACAACAAACACAGGUGGCAGAAGACAUUCCUCUCCUUUAUAUUUCUGAAGAUGAAACUUUCUCAGAGGCUUUGACUGAGAUACCAGCUGCCCACAGGGAUGUCCAGCCCCAUGAACCCUUUGUUGAGAUUGAACCAUUAAAGGAGUCUCCGCCGGAGAUCGAUAUCAGCACCAAGGAUGAACCACAAAUGCAAGAGGCUGCAGUCAAGAUCCAGGCUGCCUUCAAAGGCUUCAAGACGCGAAAAGAUAUGCGACCUGUUUUUAAAGAGGUUUUUAAGAACCAGACAGCAGAUCUUCACGGUACGCUCACUCUAAUGUGUGUUGUUGAGGGAAAGCCGAGCGCAGUACGGUGGCUCAGAAAUGGACAACAAAUUUGCAACGACCAGAGAUGCAGGAUUACGACUACAGAUGAUGGAGAAUGCACACUUGUGAUCAAGAACCUGUUAAACAGCGACAGUGGAAUUUAUACCUGUGAGGUGGUCAAUAAGUUUGGUGUGACCUCCUACAAUGGAAACAUAACAGUGGUGCAAACCCCACAGCCUGCUCCUGUGGCACAGAAGCCCGUACACCCACCUCUUGCAGCCAUUACUCCUUUGCAGCUCGCCCCAACAAAGCCCGCAGCCCCGCCCAAAGACCAGAAUGAGAAUCUGCCACAGAGUCAAGCGCAGGUGCCCACGUCAGCAGAGAACUAUGCAGAAAGCAUGAACGUGUCGCUGUGGGAGGCCUACACCCUGACAGAGCAUGCGCCUCAGCAGACCCCACAAGAGAGGAGACGGUCCUCUGUCAUGGCUGCCAGCUCCAUGUCGAGUCCCUCUGAUUAUGACACAGCUCCCGAUAUGAUGGAACCUGUUGAGAUUUCCACAAUCACACCGAGGGAAGAACCAAAACCAACAGAACAAGCAGCUCCGAAGGAUGAUAACGAAGAGAUAACCCAACCUCCGAAGAUGCUAUUAAAGAUCAAAGGGGCCCAUGAUAGUAAAAUGAGGACACCAUCUCCAAAACAUCGUGCCUACACGCCCUUGGACAGCACCGUCUCUGGAUCUGAGUCGGAAGGGGAAGAGGACAGACGAGAGAUGUUUGAAAUAUAUGUGGCUCGAGCUCACUGUAGCCCUAACAGUGGCAGUAAGGAGAGUUUUAUUCUGAAGGAGGGCCAGUUUGUAGAGGUCCUGGACUCUGUUCAUCCUGACAGAUGGCUGGUGAGGACCAAACCCACCAAAACCAACCCUGCUCGGCAGGGAUGGCUGUGUCCAGCAUACUUGGAGAAGAAGAGAAAGGAGACCUUCCCUCAACUGAGAGCACGUCAAGAGGAUCUUGAUGGAAUUGGAUGUACAGGAGAAGAGUACAGGAGAGGCCUCAGUCAGUUGAUCCAAGGCCUGAUUGACGGAGAGGAGGAGUUUGUGAGAGAGAUGAAGAUGUUUAUAUCUCAGCAGCUAACUUUUCUGGACUCCAGCUACCACGUCCCCGUUAACGUCCUCAACCAGAAAGAGAUCAUUUUCAGGAACAUCAAAGACAUCGUGUUGUUACAUGAGAGGUGUGUCCUUCCUGGGUUCAGGGAGUGUGCCACAGAUGAUGACGUGGCCAUGCAUCUGAUCAAACACAGAGAAGACUUUGAGAAGUAUCUGCACUACAUGGUGGGUCAAGCUCAGGCAGAGGCCUGCGUCGCUGACAAAGCUAUCCAACAGUUUUUCAAGGAGUUACCAGAAGCUGGUAAGCUGGAAAGUGCAGUUAUGGAUGUCCUUACAUUCCUCCAGCAACCAGUGGAAAGAAUUCAAACUUACCAAGCUUUACUAAAGGAGUUAAUCAAGAAUAAAGCUAAGAGUGGCCAGAGCUGCUAUCUGCUGGAGGAUGCUUUCUCUUUGGUGUCCUGCCUUCCCUGGAGGUCAGACAACCUGCACAAGGUGUCUCUGAUUGAGAACUACCCGGCUCCUCUUAUUGCCCUGGGCGAGCCCGUGCGUCAGGGAUCCUUCACAGUGUUGGAGGAGACUCCAGAAAUUAAGACCCCCUCUAGAGGGCAUCAGAGACAAGUCUUUCUCUUCAAGGAAUGCAUUGUACUGUGUAAACUGAAAAAAGACACCAGCAUGAACCGAGACACCUACAGCUUCAAGAACAAAAUGAAGCUGAAUGAUGUGGAAAUAAAGGAGACUGUGGGUGGAGACGAAAGGUCUUGGGGCUUGUGGCAUGAACACAGAGGCUCCAUAAGGAGGUACACGCUGCAGGGCAGCUCCACGCUGGUCAAACUGUCCUGGCUUAAAGACCUGAAGGAGCUACAGCAACGUUCCAGCCUGCCUACUAACAGUCCCCCAGUGUUUGGGUCACUGUUGUCUGACUGCACAUCAAAGAUGGGACAAACAAUCAAGCUGACCUGCAAAGUGUCAGGAUCUCCAAAACCAGAGAUCAGCUGGCUCAAAGAUGGCCUCCCUUUGGAGGACGACCCACGUCACAUCAUCACAGCAGACCGGUCGGGCUCUUGCAGUCUCAUCCUGGACAGCCUCACUGCGGAGGACUCUGGAGAGUAUGCGUGCUACGCUACCAGCUUCAUGGGCAGUGCUGGCACUCUGGCUAAGGUGGUGGUGCUGGCUCCACCCAGAUUCGUGAGUCGACUGGAAAGUGCUUGUCUCAUUGAAGGAGAGGACAUCCAGUUCUCCUGCUCCACAUUCACCACUCCUUUACCGAGAAUUAGGUGGUUGAAGGAUGGCAAAGAGUUGACUGACCAGCAGAAAUACUUGAUUAUGAAUGAUGCACGGAGCGGGAUCCUGUCUCUGACCGUCGUCAGGGCAACUGAAGCAGAUAUUGGGCAGUACGAGUGUGAGCUUUGGAAUGAACUUGGUGGCGUCAAGUGCAAGGCAGGUUUAUGCCCCGCCUAUGUCCCCCCGACUGACCGCGAGAAUGGCCAAUCACAGGACUUACCUCCUAAAGAUCCCGACUCAGAGGGCUGGUCUGCUGCGUUUGUGAAGAAAUGGUUACAGGCUGAUUUCAACCCAACUUCUAUUGCCAAGAUGCUUUUUCCUCCCGAAAGUCCUGAACAGUAAGUUCAGCUGCAUGCACUGACAUUCACUUCGACAUUAAAUCAGCAUCCCGAUCAUGUUUUGAAUCCCAUGUGUUACCUUGAGGAAGAAGAGGAGAUCUACAUCUCAGAGCAAAUACAAGAAAUUGCAGAUGCUCCUCCCUCUAUUCAGAUACCCAUCGAGGACCUGUUCGUAGAGCCGGGUCACCCAUCGACAUUUAUAGCCAUCAUCACAGGAAGACCAACACCUAAGAUAAAGUGGUACAAGGACGAAGAGGAGCUUGCAGCCAAUGAGAAUGUGAAGAUGGGACAACAUGGUGCCCGCUGCUCAUUAACCAUAGUGUGCACCGAGGGUGAGGACAGUGGGAUGUACGCCUGCUUCGCUCACAACGACUCUGGUUAUGCAUCGUGUCAGGCUGAGCUGACAGUAGAAGAAGGACCCCUGGAGUUUCAGGAGAGAGAGGUGGAGCUGGGAAAAAGAAGGAAGCUGUUCUCUGUCUAUGACGUCCACGAUGAAAUUGGAAGGGGAACGUUCGGAGUAGUGAAGCGCGUCGUCCACAGAAGGACCGGUGAAGUCUUUGCUGCCAAGUUUCUGCCUCUGCGGAGCAGCACUCGGACCAGGGCCUUCCAGGAGAGGGACCUGCUGUCCCGUCUGGCUCACCCCAGAGUGGCUUGUCUGCUGGACUUCUUUUGCACCAGACGCACCUUGGUGCUGAUCACAGAAAUCUGCUGUUCUCACGGGCUUCUGGAUCAUUUAUUACUGAAAGGAUCAGUCUCAGAAAAAGAGAUUCAGUCAUUCAUACAGCAAAUUCUGGAGGGAGUUGGUCACAUUCAUAGCAUGAACAUCUUGCAUCUGGACAUUAAACCUGAUAAUAUCCUCAUGGUGUACCCCCCAAGAGACGAGAUCAAAAUCUGUGACUUUGGCUUCUGCCAGGAAAUAGACACAUCCCGGCACCAGUACAGCAUGUUUGGUACGCCUGAAUUUGUUGCCCCAGAAAUUGUUCACCAAGAACCAGUAACUGUGGCCACUGAUAUUUGGGCCGUGGGGGUUGUUGCGUUUCUCUGUCUGGUGUGUCGAUGCCCUUUUGUGGGCGAGACUGACCGCGCCACACUGCUGAGGGUGGGGGAGGGGACUCUGAACUGGGCCGCCCCUGAUAUCAUGUACAGGAGCCCAGAAGCCAAGAACUUUCUCCACAUGCUCCUUCAGCCUGACCCAGAGAAGCGACCGUCUGCCUUUGAGUGCUUGGGCCAUGACUGGAUCCAGGAUGAACAUGCAGGAGAAGACACGGAUGAAAUCAAUACAAGGAGUCUGAAAGCCUUUAUUUCAAAAAGGAAGUGGCAGCGUUCUCUGACAUGCAUUGGGUCAGUGCUCACGCUGAGGCCCAUUCCUGAGCUACUAGAUGCUCCUCUCAGGGAGACGGCAGUGACGGUGCCCCGUGAGCCCCAAGAACACAGCAGUACCUCCCCGAGCAGCGGCUCUUCGUCGGAGUAUGACGAGGCUGACUCCUGGGACUUUUUCCAGCACUGCAGCCAGACUGAAGAGGAAGAGGAAACAGAGGAAGACUAUGAUCCUUUAAUGGAGAGAGCACAGAUCCCAGAUCCUUUUCCCAGCUUCCACCGGGAUGGAGAAGAGGAAGGGGAUUUGACACUAGGCGAGGAAGAGGAUGGGGAGAUAGUAGGAAGGAGGACUGUAUUAGAGCGGAGUAUGAGCAGGCAAUCGGUCGCAUCAUCGGAGGUAUCGUGUCAAAGGACACCUCAGAGGGAACGUCGGUUCAGCAAGGACAGCAGUCCAUCGCUCUACCUGUCGGAUGGGGAUGAGGGUUCGGGGAGUGACGGAGGUCGUAUUCCUCGGGGAAGCGUCAUCCGAAGCACUUUUUAUAGCAACUCUCAUCAGCUUUCGCCGUUGUCUGCCAGACACAUGACAUUAAGGGACAAAUUUCAAGCUAAGAAGCAGGAGAGGGGCCGCAAGCCACUCAGGAGGAGCUUCUCAGGACGCCUCAACGAGCCUCUUAUUGAAUAUGUGGAGGAUGAGACGGAGACCAGCCGUGGCCAGAGACGGGCAUCCAUUCAGACCGCAAUGCAGAAGUCCUGCUCGUUUGACAGCGGGGUGGGUUUCGCCCAUGCUAACGCACCACCUCACAGAAGGAGUAGGUCUCUUGAUGAGUAUUCACGUCGGUCUCCCACUUCACCUAAACGUGCGAACGCCAGUGAAGAAGAAGGGUCGCAAAGUCUAAAGGAAGAUUUUACAGACGAUGAAGUGGCCGGGACAAACUUGCUGACAAUCCCAAAUUCUCAGCGAGCCACGAGAAGAGGCUCUGUCACUCCUGUACAGGUGAGGCAGACUUUUAGAGGAGCCUCUGUUCCUUCGAGGUUAGACCAAGUACAGUCAGAGGGAGAUAACUUUGCUGGCUCCCAGGGGUCUCUGGCUGAGUCUUUGAUUUUGGAGCAUGGUGGAUCUGAGUCUUCAAGUAGACUCGGCUCCAAUGAAGAACUGAGUCACGGUCGUCUCAGAGGGAGAUACAGAUCAGGAGACGGCGAUGGAUAUGAUGAUCAGGGUGAGCGCCUCAUUGCACCACCGCCUCGCUCUUUCCAAGAAGUAAAACCCCGAAGCUCGUUUCCCCGGGCACCACCACGUAAUCGCACACGCUCCAAUCCCAACCUGUCCACAAACAGCAGAGGUCAGCUGGGGACGCCGCUAAUGCCAAGCCCCAGUCCCAGCCUCUCUUCUCUACAGGCUCCAGAGAGGCCUCCCAGAGCCCGGGACAAGAAAGAGGGUCACGGCCUCCAGAGGCACGCAUCUGCUCCAGCCCUUGAAGCUCGACCACCUACAGGAAGGUCACCAAAACUGGGACUGCUGAACAUCUUCCGCAGGCAAUCCUGGACUGGCCAUUCCUACUCCCAUCUGGAGGACUCAGAGUUAGGACCAACUCUGGGCGAGAUCAUGAAGCCUGAUACACCCACCAUGUCUCUAAGGAAGAGAAUGAGAGCGUCAGCCUCAAGUCUGACCAAACUGUUUUCCAGAUCCUCCAGUAAAGAGGAUGUGAGUAAAGGAGGGCCAAUAGUGAAAGGAUCAGCUCCCACUCCACCUGAAAGGAGGCGCAGCAGCAGCCUCGAGAGUCCCAAAAGGAGGAGCUCAAAGCUCUUACCAUCCUUCAAAAUACCUGCGUUUAAAAAGAAAGACCUGCCCGUUCGCCCCAGCAAGGCUGAGGUGCUACAGUUGGAUGGAGGCGGAGUCUUCCUGGCGUGGAGGCCGGUUCACUCAAGUGAUCCCGUCACUUACUGCGUGCAGUACUGCACAGACGGGGGGGGGUGGACAGUCCUGUCAGAGGACGUGACAGACAGCUGCUAUGUGGUAAAGGACUUACCGAGAGGAGCAUCUUACGUGUUCAGGGUGGGCUGUGUCACAAAGACGGGAGCAGGACCGUUCAGUGACACUUCAGCUCCCGUUGUUAUGGCGACUGAUCCUGAAGAGAUCCACAUUCCUCUCAUUCAGACUGAGUCACUGGGGUCAAAGGUCAUUGGAUCAGAACAAGCAACACACAAGAACUACAACUUCCUGUCUGAGAUCAACAGGGGUCGUUUCAGCGUGGUAACCCUGUGCAGGAACGCUGAGACCAGCCAGGUGUUUGCGGCCAAGAUCACCCCUUACCAAGCAGAGCAGAGGCAGCUGGUGUUGAGGGAGUACCAGCUGCUGAGGAGGCUUCACCACCCCCACCUGGUUCAGCUGCACUGUGCUUUCAUCACCUCCAGCUACCUCGUGUUAGUAGAAGAGCUUUGUCCCGGCAAGGAGCUCCUCUACAGCCUGGCUGCGAGAGAUCUGUACGCAGAGACUCAAGUGGCCGAGGUGCUGGUUCAGAUCCUGAGUGCGGUCGACUAUCUCCACAGCCGUCGAGUCAUCCACCUGGACCUGAAGUCUGACAACAUGCUGGUGGACGACUGUAACCACCUGAAGAUUGUUGACUUUGGCUCGGCUCAGUCCUUCACACCCGGACAGCCUUUAAACAUCGAGCACAUCCAGGGCUUUUCUGACAGCAGAGACUCCUGCAGCAAAGUGUAUAUUAUCCUUCCUAAAGCUCCGGAAAUCCUCGAAGGUCAGGGUGUUGGGCCAGAGACCGACAUCUGGGCUGUUGGAGUUUUGUCGUUCAUCAUGCUGAGUGCUGACAGCCCGUUUCAUGCAGAGCACAGCUGGGAUCACGACAGAAACAUCAGGAAAGGGAAGAUCCAGUUUGGACGCUGUUACCCGGGUCUGUCUGAGGGAGCCCUGAACUUCAUGAAGAGCAGCCUGAACAACAAAUCCUGGGGGAGACCCACUGCAGCCGAGUGUCUCCAGAAUCCGUGGCUCCGUGCCCAUCGCGCCCCACACAAAGCCCGACACUCCAAAGUGUGCUUCUCCACCGACAAACUUAAAGCUUACCUCAAGCAGAAAGAGGAGAAACGAGAUCAGGUGCGCACCAAGCUUCAGGGUCCCUUCUUCUUCCAGUGACGCGACGAUGCCAAAGUUACCAUCAUCUUUCUUAAAGAAGAAAAAACCUGCAGCUGUAACGACGUGUCAGUGCAGCAGUUUGUGCUUCAAGUGUUGCUCUCUGUCUGCCAACCUGGAGCCCGGUUUGAUUUUUAAAAGUUGAUGCGUCUUAAUGAGUUGCUUCUGUGUUCGAUUGUGUAUGAUAGUCUGGGGAUUUAUUUUGUGCGUAUCAGGGAUAACAUGUGAUCACAUAAGGCGUGCACGGUGCUGCUGCAUGAGCUGUAAAGUUGAUCAAAGUGUUGUUUUGCUCCUCUGGCAGACGGACGGACAUGCUUGGCUUUGCAGUUCUGUCUCCGUAAAACUUAUUUAACGCAGUAUU